AUGGAUGGUAUACUGGCUGACCUAGUUGGCGAGGGGUUUGAUGGUGAGUACGGUGUCGAAGUUUUGCGUGGGGUGUUGCAGAGCGAGACGCGGGACUAUGAGAGGUAUUUCUCGCCGAAGGCGCUCGACGGGAGUAUAACUGAGGAUAUAGCUGAGGUAGAUGCUGAGAUAUCAGCAGCGGAGAAGCGUCUGCGGGAGUUGAUGCUGGAGAAUGACAAGGAGAUCGUCACGAAGUUGCUGCGAGGAGAUACCCGUGAGAAGCUGAAGUCGAUGGCAGACCUUCUGGAUCAAUUGUGGGAAGUAGGUACUGGUGAGGAGGACGGUAGCGGUACGGCUAGAGGUGGCACUGGCACCACACUCAGUGGGACAGGCAUUGCUACGUUUGAUGAAGUGCUGAUCGAGAACGGACUGGUCGACAGCGAUGCCACUGCAGCUAACAGUACGGAGGCAAAUAAGGACAAUUUCCACCAGGCUCUGUCCAAAUUGAAGGCCAGAAUGGAGAACAAGGACACCAAUGGGUUGAACUCAUCAGACUCUUCCAAUCUGGUGCCGGUUUUAGAACAAUUGGACAGUCUGAACGAGCUAAUGGAGCUCCCACUCCUUGCACGAGCCUCGAUCAACACUGGCCAUUACCAAGAGGCUGUUAUGCUUUAUACGUAUACCAGUUCGCUGAGAUCGAAGUUUACUGACUCAUCUAUAGUAGAUGAGAUCUGCAAGUCUGUGCUAAGUGAGAUUGAGCAGACAAUGCUGAUCGGACUUGUGAAUUUGCUAUCCACCAAUGUUACCAUCAACUCGUUGAAGAAAAUUCUAACAUACUUGUCUGCGAUCCCGCCAUUCAACGAGAAGAGCCGCGACUCUUUACUGAUAGUUUUCCUGUCGAUGAGGUAUAAGUUCAUACAAAAGGAAGUAACGUCAUACACCAUAGCCAACACGGAAAUUAAUGACUCCGUUGUAGAGAUGAUGAUUAAGAGGCGAAUCGAGGUGCUGCGAGAACACAUGUACAUGUCAUUGAAUAUUUUUGCAAAUCUCUUUAGUUGUGAAAGGAUACCAUUGUCAAUACCAUUGCUUGAUGACCUCAUAGAUAAAGAAGUAGGAGACAGUGCAGUGGAAACAGAACAGUCAACUGAAGAAGAGAUCACUGAAAAAACAAAUCAAAACAGCCAGCACAGUAAUGAACAAAGUACAGAAGCUGAAGAAGAAAGUAAAGAGACCAGCGAACAGAGCAAAGAAAGUAGCGAACAAAGCAAGGAAAGUAGCGAACAAAGCAAGGAAAGUAGUGAACAAAGCAAGGAAAGUAGCGAACAAAGCAAAGAAGGAAAACAAGACAAGAAUAGUAGUGAACAAAGUAAUGAAGAUAAAGAAAGUAUAGAAGGUAAAGAAAGUAAAGAAGCUGUAGAGAACAUGAGUAUGAGUGCACAACAGAAGAACACUAUUCCAACUAAUGUUCCCAUGCUAGAGUUCAUCUCUAAUGUAAUUCAAUAUACCUUACAGGAUAUGGUAGACGAGAAACUACACAACAAGAUCAGUGACUCAGUGUGCCUACAAAUAGUGUAUUGCUCAUUCAGGCUGCUGGAUUUGAACCGAAACUUCCACCACCUGUUCCUGAACAAAGUGUGCGAGUCAGAACUAUUCUCUGCAGACCAAAUCAAGAGGGCCAUUAGAAAAAGAUCAGAACUGGCUUCAAAAUACUCAUGA